GUUUGUUAUAAAUGGAAACAUUCUACUUAUUUUUUUGCUUGUAAUCCAAGCUUUUUUUAUUGGUAAAUUAACUACAAAAGUCGAUCAAUCAGAGAUCGAUCAGAAGAAAGAAAGAAAUUAAACAAAAAGCCUCGACACAACGAUCAAAUCAUCCACAGAUUUCUCCAAAUCAUCAUCAUUAUCGUUACUUAUUUUUUUAACCAUCGAUUGAAACUUAUUGAAAAAAAAUGUCUGGACAACCACCGGAACCUGGUCAACGAUCAUUUGGUGGCGGAGGUGUACCGAUUUAUAAUCAACCAAAUAAUGAUGGAAACUAUGGCAUGGGUGUUAUACCACCGAAUGAUAGUAGCAAUUAUGGUAUGGGUGUAAUACCACCGAAUAAUACACCAUAUGGUAAUGAACCACAAUAUCAUCGACCUGGAUUGGAACAACCACAAUAUCAUCGACCUGGAUUGGAACAGCCACAAUAUAAUGUACCUGGUUUAGGUGUCAAUAUUGGUGGAACUGUUCCUGAACCUGGACAAAGACAAUUUGGUGAUAAUAAUAAUGAUUAUUAUAUGCCACAACCACCAAGCUGUGGUGAUGGACAAGAAUAAUUAAUUAACCAUUGUGUUUUUUAACUGUUAAACAAAACAAAAAAAAAAUCAAUGUUAAAAUAAAAAGAUGCCCCUAAAAUU